ACGAUUUCAGAGACAUCUGGCGGAUUCUUGAUCUUUUUCUUUCGAUUUCGUGGAGACAUUUUUUCACAAGUGUCUUGGUGAUAUUUAAAGGACUAAAAAUAUGGCUUGUUCAGCAGUGCGGAGUCCUAUUUUACGAAAUUCUUCGGUUCGUCAUUAUGCACUUGCAGCAACUGCUCAAGCUUCAUUACCAUCUCCUGACGUUCAAGUUUUAGGAAAUAAAAUUACUGUUGCUGCUGUUGAUUCCAACAGCCCCGUAACACAAGUAUCUAUUGUUUUCAAAGCUGGUUCUCGAAAUGAAACUUACGACACACAAGGAAUGUCUCAUCUUCUUAGAAUAGCAGCAGGAUUGACAACAAGUCGAUCCACUACUUUUGGAAUAACAAGAAAUAUUCAGCAGAUGGGAGCUAAUAUAACAGCGAGUGCUGAUCGUGAAACUAUUGCUUAUACAGUACAAGUUCUUCGUGAUAAAGUAAAUCAAGCUUUGCCUUUCUUGGAGGAUGUGGCAACUCGUCAGGUAUUUAAACCUUGGGAAAUUUCUGAUUCUUCUCCCAGAUUACGAUAUGAAAUUUCAACUGUACCUGAGGAAUGUCGAAUAGUAGAACUUUUGCAUAAGGCAGCUUAUCGUACUGGUUUAGGUUUCUCGCUGUACUCACCAAAAAGACAAAUUGGAGAGAUUAGUACAGAAACUCUUCAACAUUAUGUUUCCACUUGGUUCUCGGGCUCAAGAUGCGCAGUUGUAGGCACUGGAAUUUCUGCCACAGAAUUAAGUGAUUUCGCUUCGAAAUUGCAUGUUAGUUCAAACGACUGUAAAACAGAAGCUGCAAAGUAUUAUGGAGGUGAUGCACGUAAGGAACGUAAUUCACCGAUAGCAAGUGUUGCAGUGGCUUUUGAAUCUGCUGGAUUAGAGAAAGGAAAUGAAGCCAUUGCAUUUGCAAUUUUAAAAGCUGCUGCAGGCUCAGGACCUUGUGUAAAAUGGGGAAAUGGUGCAUCUCCUUUAAUAAAGGCAAUUACUUCAGCAACUGGUAACGAGCCAGUUGCUGCCACUGCAUUUAAUGCAAGUUACGCUGACUCUGGUUUGUUUGGUUGUAUCUUACAAACAACUCCUGAGGUUGCAGGACAGGCUACGAAAGCUGCUUUCAAAUGGUUACGAACUGCAAAUAUAUCCGAUACUGAUGUUGCUCGUGGUAAAGCAGCACUAAAAGCAGCUGUUUUGGGUGCAACUGAAUGUGGAGAAACACAAUUGGAAAAUCUUAGUCAACAAGUUUUGUUGAGAGGAAAAGUACUUUCACCAUUAGAACUUGCGGCUGAAGUAGAUAAAGUUUCAGCCGCCGAUGUUAAAAACGCAGCCAAAAAACUCAGCAGUGCACGGCCCACGGUAGCAGCAAUUGGAAAUAUUAAAACAGUUCCCUAUUCUGAUCAACUAUAAAAAAAUUAGAUUUCAAACAAAAAAAAUCAACACAGUAAUUAAACAAUUUACAAUCCGUUAUUUAUAUAAAAUAUGAAAAACAUGUUCUAUUGUUAUAUCAAUAAAAUAUGAUAAAGGGUCGUGUUUUUCAGCAAUUCACGUAAUUGUGUAAAUAAUAUAAUAAAAAUAUUAAAAGAUUUA